GAGAGCGGAAUUUGACGAUUGGUACGAUGAACUUGACCAGGAUCUUGUGUUUAGCCGUUGUACUGUCGUCCUUCAUCCUCACACGAGGAUCUGGCCAGCCCUUGGCGCUGCCUCAUCCGGGUGCAUUCCCUGCUCUGCCACAACCAGGUGCUACAGCACUCCAAGUACAAUCGUCAGCUCCGGAGCAAGCACCAGGUGGAGUCUUAGCGCCUUCGGAGAACCCCUCUCAGUUUCCGCCGCUUGGGCCCGCACCCUGGGGCACAGGCAAUGCAGCUGCGCCCCUGCCAGGAACAGGCCCAGCCAUGGCGCCCCGCAGCCCAUACGACCCAGUUUUCAACCCCAUUAUUUCUAAGGCAGACCCCGCUGCCCAGCAGCAGCAGCAGCAGCAGCAGAGCCCAUACACCAACAUGCAGACAGUCAGCGCUGACAGCAACGGCCAAGUGACCACCUACAACAGCAACACUCCAUCCUACAACAACUAUGGCAGCGCCCCUAGCACUGAUGGCAGCGUCUCUGGUCAGCAAGGGACCCAACAGGGCCAGCAGCAGAACCAACAGCAAGGCCAGCAGCAGGGACAGCAGCAGCAGACACAGCAGCAACAAGGCCAGCAGCAGCAGGGACAGCAGCAGCAGGGACAGCAGGGCAAUGGCGGCUAUGUGCAGUCUGGUGCCACAAAUGGGGGCCAGGCAAACAACAAUGGCCAGCAGGGCACCGGUGCCAACAACCAAAACCAGCUGCCCGUCCUGAAUGUGGGGGCACCCAGUCCAUCAGAGGUGGCGGCUGCUAACCCCAUGGUGAAAGCAGUGGAAUUGGCGCACCAGCAGGUCCAAAACGCCCCGCAAUUCUCCUUCGGCCAGGACGGCGCCACGAUUCAGCAGCCGGUAGUCACCAAUCCGGCCGACGGCGUCACCUCCGGCGGGAACCAAUUCAAGGUCAAUGAGUAUGGUGUCAUCCUGGGCAAUGCAACCGAGGAGGGUCUCACAGACGCAGAGGCAAAGAUCCGGCUGUCAACCUAUGGCCCAAACAAGCUGCCACAAAUCACAUGGGAUGUUGUCAUGGUACAGAUUGCUGCCAUCUGCGCAGGACAAAGCCAUCCAGGCCCUGACAGCCGCACUGGCGCCACGGGCCAAAGUCCUGAGGAUGGCCAGAUACAGACCAUUGAGGCCGUCGGCCUGGUGCCUGGAGACAUUGUAAUCGUACGCUUGGGGGACAUUGCACCAGCCGAUGUCAAGCUGCUGGGCACUGAUGAUGAACAUGACCAGCCUUUGCAGGUAGACCAGGCAGCUCUGACAGGCGAGUCACUGCCGUCAAAGAAGGGCCCAGGAGACGUCGUGUUUGGAGGGUCGACGAUCAAGCAGGGAGAGAGGCAUGCCGUCGUGUAUGCCACUGGCCCAAACACCUUCUUUGGCCGCUCUGCUGCGCUCAUCAGCGGUGUCCACAAUGUGCCCAACAUCCAGAAGAUCAUGACAAAGAUCGGCGCAUGCUGCCUCAUCACCAUCUUCAUCUGGGUCGUCAUUGAGCUGGCUGUCCAGUUUGGCGGGUACCAUCAUCACUGCGACAUCAGUGGAGCAGGACACUGUCCUACUCUCCUGAAUGUGCUGGUCAUCAUAGUGGGUGGAAUUCCCAUUGCCAUGCCGACGGUGCUGUCAGUCACGCUGGCUCUGGGCUCCUACAAGCUGGCCUCUGAGGGCGCCAUCGUGGCGCGAAUGUCGGCUGUUGAGGAAAUCGCUGGCACCGACAUCCUGUGCUCUGAUAAGACAGGGACGCUCACUUUGAAUCAGCUGACCAUCAACAACGAAGCCAUCUACACUCUGCCUGGACACUCCCUGGACGAGGUGCUCAGGCUCUCUGCUCUCAGCGCUGACACGCACAGUGAGGAGGCCAUCGAUAUGGUGAUGCGCAGCUGCUGCCCUGACAAGGACAUGCUGGUUGAGAAGUAUGACCAGAUCAAGUUUGUGCCCUUCAACCCGGUGGACAAGUACACCGUUGCCAUUGUCAUGGACAAGGAGGCUGGCAGCACCUUCCGCAUCCUGAAGGGAGCUCCCCAGGUUGUCCUGCGCAUGGCGCACGGCAGCGCUGAGAUUGAGGCGGAUGUGAAGCGCAAGAUCGAUGAGUUUGCGGGCCGCGGCUUCCGCGCUCUCGGCUUGGCACUCAGUGAGGGUGGCUCUGGCCAGGCCAGGUGGGAGAUGGUUGCCUUGCUCCCGAUGUAUGACCCGCCACGCCAUGACACCAGGCAGACAAUUGAGAGCUGCAUUGAGAAGGGGAUCCAGGUGAAAAUGGUGACUGGGGAUCAGCUUCUGAUUGGCAAGGAGACUGCCAAGCAGCUGGGCAUGGGCACCAACAUGUACACCACCGAUGAGCUGCUGCAUGGUGACAAGAAGGGGGACGACUCAGCAGAACUGUUUGUGGAGGAGGCUGAUGGCUUCGCAGAGGUCUUCCCUGAGCACAAGUUCAGGAUCGUGGAGAUGCUGCAGAACCGGCGCCACACAGUUGCCAUGACUGGCGACGGUGUCAACGACGCCCCUGCCCUCAAGAAAGCAGACGUGGGCAUCGCAGUGGCAGGUGCAACUGAUGCGGCGAGGGGCGCCGCUGACAUUGUGCUGACAGAGCCCGGCCUAAGCACGAUCGUGACGGCUGUCAUUGGGGCGCGCAAAAUCUUCCAGCGCAUGACCACCUACGCAAAGUACACAGUCGCCAUGACGUUCCGCAUCUGCUUCACCUUUGGCAUCCUCACCAUUGCCUACAACUGGUACUUCCCCACGCUGCUGAUUGUGCUGAUGGCCGUCUUCAAUGAUGGUGCCAUGAUUGCGCUCUCAAAGGACCGCGUCGUGGCCUCUCGCACGCCCAACCGCUGGAACCUGCCCAGCAUCUUUGCCCAGGGCGCGAGAGUGACUGUGCUGGACCAGUGCCGAUGGGAGCAGUACUAUGUCCGCAACUCCAUCACCCGCUCUCUCAUCUACAACUAUGUCUCCAUCAGUGGGCAGGCGCUGGUGUUUGUGGUGCGCACAGCGAGCUACUCCCUGUGUUCGCGGGCGGGCCUGUACACCUACCUUGCCUUCUUUGGCGCUCAGGCAAGCAUUGCCUCGACUCUCAUCGCCAUCUUUGGCUUUGGCGGCUACCCGUUCCCCAGCAACCGCGUGCAGGGCUGCCGCUUCUGCACGCUGUCCACCGGCGGGGGACCGCCCUUCUUUGAGCACAAGGCGCCCGUCGCCUUCACCGAGUCCGGCUCCACCGACUCCACCAUCGGCUGCACGUACUAUGUGAUUGUGGCCUGGAUCUGGGCGGCGCUGUUCUACCUGGGCCUGGACCCCAUCAAGUUUGCCAUGAUGUGGAUCUCCAACGAGGAGGGCUUCCGUGACAGGUCCCUCUUCUUCAGGAAGCGCCGCCGGCCGGCUGCGCCGGAGGUGACUGAGGAGGAGGCGAUGGGCGCGAUGACUGAGCAGAGCCACGUGGUGCAGCCCACGUAUCAGAACGCGCUCGGCCGCGCCAGCCUCGGACGCAUCAGCGAAGCCCAGCUGCGGCGCGCCACCGUGGUCCUGAUUGACGAGCACGGGCGGCCGCUGCCGCGCCCUGCAGCGCUGGACCCGUCAUCUCCUCGGGGAGCCCAGGCGGACAAGCCAGGCUCGCCAGUUGAACGUCUGCGCCGCGUGUCCAUGGAACUGGCCUCCAAAAUCACCUGA